UCUGUCAUACUGACUCUUUUGAUUUCAAGGCAAACAGAAACGAAAAAAACAAAAUCAGCGGUCUGUGAUCUCAUGGUUAUUCCCUUUUGAAGCGAUUCAGAAAGUGAAAGUAAAGUUUAGAUGGCUUGAGCUCAAACUGUGAAAAUGGAUUUACUAAAUGUAUCUACAGAAGAACUUUCUUGUCCUGUGUGUCAUGAAAUCUUCAAGGCUCCUGUUAUUUUAUCAUGUAGUCACAGUUUCUGUAAAGAGUGUCUUCAACAGUUUUGGAAGAUCAAGGAAACUCGGGAGUGUCCCGUCUGCAGGAGAAGAUCCUCAAAAGAUCCUCCUCCAUGUAAUCUUGUGUUAAAAAACUUGUGUGAGUCGUUCCUGAAGGAGAGAAAUGAGAGGCGUUCAUCACGAUCUGAGGAGAUCUGCAGUUUACACAGAGAGAAACUCAAACUCUUCUGUCUGGAGGACAAACAGCCUGUGUGUUUAGUGUGCAGAGAUUCACAACAACACAUCAAUCACACAUUUAGACCCAUCUGUGAAGCCGUUUCAUCAUAUAAGGAGAAGCUCAAUGCAGCACUAAAUUUCUUACAAGAGAAACUUCAACAUAAAGAAAACAUUAAAGGAGAGUUUGAAAAAACAGUUCAGCACAUCAAGUCUCAAGCUGAGCACACAGAGCAUCAGAUUAAACAGCAGUUUGAGAAGAUUCAUCAGUUUCUCAGAGAUGAAGAAGAAGCCACAAUCACUGCACUGAGGGAGGAAGAGGAGCAGAAGAAGCAGAUGAUGAAGGAGAAGCUGGAGGAGAUCAACAAACACAUCUCAGCUCUUUCACACACAAUCAAAGACACAGAAGAGAUGAUGAAAGACAAUGACAUCUGCUUUCUAAAGAAGUUUCCAGUCUCAAUGGAAAGAGUCCAGAUCUCACAGCCGGAUCCACAGACGCCUUCUGGAGCUUUGAUUCAUGUGUCACGUUACUUGGGCAACCUGCCAUUCAGAGUCUGGAAGAAGAUGCAGGACAUUGUCCAAAACACUCCUGUGAUUCUGGAUCCAAACACGGCUCAUCCAGAUCUCAGCUUGACUGAUGAUCUGACCAGAUUGACAUGGAGUGGGAACAAUCAACCACCUCCUGAUAAUCCAGAGAGAUUCGACUAUUUUAACUGCGUUCUGGGUUCAGAGGGUUUUAACUCAGGGACAUAUUGCUGGGAUGUGGAAGUUAAAGAGAGUUCAUCCUGGAGUCUUGGAGUAACUACAGCAUCAAACCAAAGGAAAGGACGUGUUUUCUUUAAUUCUCAUAUCUGGAGUGUGGAUUAUGAUCACUUCCCAUUUCUUAAGCUAUUCCCAAAACAUCCCUCCACUGGUUUUCGUGUUAAACAGGAUCUUGAGCGUGUGAGAGUGAAUCUGGACUAUGACGGAGGAACGGUGUCAUUCACUGAUCCUGUAACUAACACACAUCUACACACAUUCACAACCACCUUCACUGACACUGUCUUUCCAUUCUUCUGUUGUUAUAGUUUUUUCUCUUUAAAGAUUUUACCGUUAAAUAGAAUGUAAACAUUACGCCCAUAGGUCUUAAUCUUACUGCGUUGGUUGUUUUUCCUAUAUUUAAGCAGUUUCAUGAGUGAGAGUGCUGUUGAUCUGAAUAUCAGUAUGGCUGUAAUUGGGCCGCAGCUAAUCACAUGACUGAUAUCCAGCAGUACAGAUACACUCACACUUGCAUAUUGCUCUCAUAUAUAAUAGUUCAAAGAUUAAUGUAACUAAAUUAUUUCAGAUGCAAUAUAUCAAACAUUUGUGAUGCAUUAUUUAUUCUGCAAAAGUCAUUCAGUCAAGGACAGUGAGUGAUUUUCUUUCUGAUGUUUGAUUUACAUCAGUAGUUCUCAAUACCAGUCCUGCUCCUCACAUUUUGUCUGUCUCCCUAGCAGGCAUCUUGAUGUUGAAAAGACUUUAAAUUGACAUCAAACAAUGGCAUCAAAAUGCAGAUCAAAAAUGCAUAUCAAACUGAGUUCAAAAACGUCCAUUUGACAUCCACACACUGAGGUUCUUUCAACCACCAAAAUAAUGACACAAAAGCAAUGCAAUGAAAGAAAAACUUAAAAUCAAUAAUACAAAUGUAAAUUUAAAAAAGAAAUGCACCUAUUCUGAUUGUGACAAAGAUUGCAGAACAACAAAUGAAUAUUUACAGACGUUAGUGCGAUUUUGUUAUUAAGGAUAAUAUCUAUUUGAAAAUUUGCUUUGGUGUUUUUGGAGAGGUGAGCUCCACGGCUAUUCAGAGCUCAUGAUCCCGCCUCACCUCGGCCAGCUCUUCUGGAAUUUGCCACUGGAUCUAAUGUCACUGUAGUGGUUAAAUGUAAAAUAUAAUUUGUUUUGGGUAAAUCUAAA